GCUUGUCGCUUGUCUCCUCGUCAGCUCGUCCUUUCAAUCUUUACAUCGACACGAUGGAGAUUCGGCGAUGACAUCAUUAAGUCUGGACAUGGACAAAUCUUUUCAUGGAUGCGAUCAGAACCUUGAACUGAAAAAAGCUUCUUGCAGCAAUAAAGGCCUGAAUACGGUUCCCCAGAAUCUUUCUGGGGAUGCCGAGGUGCUUGACUUGUCUCAUAACAAUAUCACCAAACUCUUGAACUCCUCGUUUGAAGUAUACCCUCUAAUCAACUCCUUGGACAUUUCUUUUAACGAUAUAAGAGCGAUAGAAUCCGCCGCUUUUUACCCCCUCAGGGGUUUGAUGCACUUGGACCUAUCCUACAACCAGCGUCUUGCGCUUCCAGCAACAGGCGUUUUUAUGAUGUCUGCACAGCUUUCCAUUCUCGAUUUAACGUCAUCAAACUUGAAGUCGCUCCCCAAUGACACUCUAAAGUGGAGUCCACAUCUAGAUACUGCAUAUCUGUUGAACAACUCGCUCUCCUUCAUCAAUUUAAGUUCUUGUGGCAUGGUCGGCACUGUAAACAUGAUGAUCAAUCGGAUACAACACCUUACGUCGAGAGAUUUCACCUUUGUGUGCCACACUGAUACUCUAGAUCUUGGAGGAAACCAUAUCAAAUCAGUAGACCCUGAUGUGAUCGCAUCACUACAUGUUCGCUCUUUGGUGCUAGGUCGCUACAAUUUAAGUUUCGAGGUGCUAGCGAACAUCGUCCUCGGAAUCUCAAAAUCUGACAUCGAACAGCUAACAAUCGAGUAUGGUUCUGUUGGUGCGUUUCCUAAAGGUUUCUUUGAUCCUCUACGCAAUUCUUCUCUCUCUGUUCUGGACCUAAAAUUCAACGACCUGAAUAGCCUCCAUCAUUUAGUCUUCUCAAAUUUGACAAAACUGAGAGAACUCAGUUUCAGUGAUAACAAACUCCCCAUAUUCGAAAUUCAACCAGACUUUUUCGACGGCAUGAAUGCAUUAAAAGUACUGGCAAUCAACGACAACAAAGUAAGACAAAUAAAUACUCACAAUCAGAUUUGGACAGUGGACUUAUCGGAGUUCGACUUAUCCGGUAAUCUGAUUACAGAAAUAUCUGCAUCUGUAUUUCGCGGUUUAGGAAAUUUAACUUUAUUAGACAUGAGCUCGAACAAUCUCCUCUCUGUCUUUGAGCUGACGGCCUUUUCGGGACUUGACAAUAUUCAAACCAUUGAUUUGACCGGAAGUCGAUUAACUGUUUUUGAAUUGGACGCCCCAUUAUUAAGGUCACUUUUCCUUAACUCUCUUCCUACAGACUUCCUUCCUUUUCAACCAGGAGAAUCGUUUCAACAUUUACAAUCUCUUGUUAAUUUAACCAUGAGACACUCUGACCUUUACGUCCUGAUUUUAUGGAAUGCAACUACAAACGCGUCUCUAUUCGAUGGAUUAUUUGAUCUUAGUCAUUUGGACUUGAGUAUUAACCCUCACCUGAGUUUUAUACGCGAUAUACCGCCAGGGAUAUUCCGGCAACUCUCUGCUUUACAAUGGCUAAAUCUAGACUAUUGCGGAAUUAGAAAUCUACAUCCUCUUGUCUUCUCGGGAUUGGAAUCGCUUCAGAAGUUGACUUUGGAGGGAAACUUCAUCCAGCAUAUUCAUGAUGAUGUGUUGUCGGGGUUGGGUCAAAUAAAGAGUAUUAGUUUUAAAGAAAAUCGUAUCGACUUCUUGGAGGAACAAAUGUUCUCAAAUAACUUGAAGCUCACAAAUCUUUCCUUGGCCAACAACAGAUUAACGGGCCUUAAUCAAAGCACUUUCAAGCCGAUCUUUUCCUCCAUUUUAUCACUCGAUCUAUCAACGAACCCAAUUAGUUGUAACUGUGAUCUAAAGUGGCUCAUUGAUUGGUUAAAUGGACCUACACGCCUGAAAAACAAGCAAGACACUAUCUGUUCGCCAGCAUCUCUAGAGCCUCUUCGUGAGAAACUCCUGCUUGAUUUUGAUCCAAAUGAACUCUGUAUAAUAAACUAUGGUCUAUUCUCUCUGAUUCCCCUCGCCUCCAUUAGCUUGGUUGUAAUCAGCGUGCUGUUGUAUCACUACCGAUGGCAGUUGAGGUACAAACUAUUCCUCUUGAAACUGGCCGCAGUGGGCUAUAAAGAGAUGCGAAACGCUCGAGACCACAACGACUACGAGUUUGACGUGAACAUCAUUUUCUACGACGAUGACGAAGAUGACGAAGAAUGGAUUCGCGAACAGCUCCGACCGGCUCUCAAAGAACGGCUACCACAGUUUCAGAGGAACGUCUAUGGUGACCAAGACCUUGUGUUGGGUAUGCAUUACUUAGAUUCCGUCGAUUACGUGGUGAGCCACAGUUACAAGACCAUCAUAGUGCUUAGUAGAGCUGCAGUGCAAGACCACUGGUUCAUACUCAAGUUCCGGACGGCCAUGGACCACGUGAGUGACACUCUGACUGAAUUCGUAGUCGUAGUCUUUCUCGAAGACAUCCCAGAUGAUGAAAUGCCAUUCUUGGCGAGGUUGUACCUAAAUGAUGGCAGACCCUAUAUUCACUGGAAUGAGAACGUGAGAGGACAGGAAUAUUUCUGGGAUAAAUUGACCAAAAAUCUGACCAUUAAUCUAAGGACGAAUGACUUGAUCCCAAACGAGUAGCAUAACAGUCAUAUAGGAACCUAGAGAUACGUGUGAUGGUUAUCAGUAAUGAAAGUAGUGGUA